AAGUAUCAGCCAAUUUCAAGUUUUUUUAGUUGAUCUGGAUGGAGACUCCUAGCGACCCAACGCUGAACAUUUAUGAUAUACGACUAGCUGCGCAAAUAGCAAAGGAGAGUCAAAUUCUGUUGGGAGUGGAUAACACGUAUGCCACCCCCUUCAUGCAGAGGCCACUUGAACUUGGCGCCGACAUGGUUCUGGAUUCAGGAACGAGAUACAUCAACGGUCAUUCAGACUCACUUCUGGGAUGCUUGACUGUGAACAGUGAAACGUUGAUGAAAAAAAUGUUUACAGUGCUCACUGUCUUAGGGCCUGUACCGUCACCAUUCGAUUGUUAUCAAGUUUUGAGAGGAAUGAAAACGUUGGGUUUACGUAUGAUGGCCCAUCAUGAACAUUCCUUAACUAUAGCAAAUUAUUUGGAAAAGCACCCAGCCGUCGAAAAAGUGAUACAUCCAGAUUAUUACAUAAAUUCUACUUGUGAGGUGACAAUCAUAAUCACUGAAGUUGCAGGGGGAAUUGAAAGUACCAUAGAAAUUCCAUAUAUUAUGUCAAACAAGACAAUGCCGAAAAAUAGGAAAACAGAACUCAAUAUAACGGAAAAUCUGAUUAAAUUAUCUGUAGGAUUGGAGAGCAUUUGCGAUUUGAUUGUUGAUUUGGAACAAGCGCUGGAUUUCCUUAAGUCAAGUAACGAAAGCUCUUGCAAGUGAUGUAUUUAAAAAUAACAAUUAAAGAGUGCAAA